UGGCAACUGCUGGGGAGACUCCGCCCAUAGGAGCGAUGAGGAAAGUAGCAACAGCUAGCCUAGCUUAGCUAACUAACUGGUUGUUUGGCUUAAAAUAUCAGUUAUGCUCUUUAUCUUUCUAAAGCAGCAGCUUUUAAAAUUUGCCUGUUACAUAAAGUGAGCUUUAGAUAAUAUCUGAGAGGAGGGGCCUUAAAGAAAACCUGAUUUUUAGGGGUUGGUUUUUAGGUUGGAUAGUUAGCCAGCCUUAGCUUAGCAACGUUAGCUUAGCAGAAUGGAAGGCUGAGAGUCUGUCAAACUCUGCUGCUGCUGCUGCGUUUAUUAUUAGCUAGUUAAACAGGUUUAUAUAAAUAUAAUAAUGGUAAAUAUGCUGAAUAUGGAGGAUAUUAGGCUACUAUGAGCUUCUGAGUUUAAAGCUCCGCACUGUCUGCUAGCUCUGGUGGUUUGUUUUAGUCAGAAACCCGCCCCCCUCCUUCUCCAGGCCGAGCUGUCUGAUUUCUCCCCCCGUGGCGGUCACACAGCGCCGGGUAGAGCUCCAGCUGAAUGUCAUGGUUUCCUGGAGCCAUGUCUUGUAAGUCCAAAGUGGCCCCGAGUGUGGACUUCGACCACAGCUGCUCGGACAGUGUUGAGUAUCUGACACUCAACUUCGGUCCCUUCGAGACCGUCCAUCGCUGGAGGCGACUCCCACCCUGCGACGAGUUUGUUGGGGCAAGACGCAGCAAGCACACAGUGGUGGCGUACAGGGAUGCCAUCUACGUGUUUGGAGGAGACAAUGGGAAAAACAUGCUUAAUGAUCUGCUGCGCUUUGAUGUGAAGGACUGCUCAUGGUGUCGGGCCUUUACCACUGGCACUCCACCAGCACCCAGAUAUCAUCACUCUGCAGUCGUGUAUGGGAGCAGCAUGUUUGUGUUUGGUGGAUACACGGGAGAUAUCUACUCAAACUCCAACCUGAAGAACAAAAAUGAUCUGUUUGAGUACAAGUUUGCUACUGGCCAGUGGACAGAGUGGAAGGUGGAGGGGAGAUUAGUAGCCAGGUCUGCUCAUGGUGCCACAGUCUAUAACGACAAGCUGUGGAUUUUUGCUGGUUAUGAUGGAAAUGCAAGACUGAAUGACAUGUGGACCAUUGGGCUUCAGGAUCGGGAGCAGGCUUGUUGGGAAGAGAUUGAACAGAGUGGUGAGAUUCCUCCCUCCUGCUGUAACUUCCCAGUGGCUGUGUGUCGAGACAAGAUGUUUGUCUUCUCAGGCCAAAGUGGAGCCAAGAUCACCAACAACCUUUUCCAGUUUGAGUUUAACGGACACAUAUGGACACGUAUCCCAACCGAGCACUUACUGAGAGGGUCGCCUCCACCGCCCCAGAGACGCUAUGGCCACACUAUGGUAGCCUUUGACCGCCACCUUUAUGUGUUUGGAGGGGCAGCAGAUAACACCCUUCCCAAUGAGCUCCACUGCUAUGAUGUGGACUCGCAGACAUGGGAGGUGAUUCAGCCCAGCACUGACAGUGAGAUGCCUAGUGGUAGACUUUUCCAUGCAGCAGCAGUUAUCCAUGAUGCCAUGUACAUCUUUGGAGGAACGGUUGACAACAAUGUUCGCAGUGGAGAGAUGUACAGGUUUCAGUUCUCUUGUUACCCAAAAUGCACUCUGCAUGAAGACUACGGCAAGCUGUGGGAGAACCGACAGUUCUGUGAUGUGGAGUUCAUCCUGGGAGAGAGAGAAGAGAGGGUUCUGGGCCAUAUAGCGAUAGUAACAGCACGCUGCCAGUGGUUGCGGAAGAAGAUUCUCCAAGCCCGAGAUCGACAGAAACAGAAGAGUAAGCAGGAAGCAGGUGAGGAGAGUGAGGAAUCCUCAGGGGCCAAACAGAAGGACAGCCCCAGCUCUGGCAGGUCUGCAGGAGGUCCUCCUAUGUUGGAGGUUUCUAUCCGGGAGGCGGAGGCUCAGCCGUUUGAGGUGCUGAUGCAGUUCCUGUACACGGAUAAGAUCCAGUAUCCCCGCAGAGGCCACGUUCAGGAUGUCCUGUUGAUUAUGGAUGUGUAUAAACUUGCCCUGAGCUUCAAGCUUUCCCGGCUGGAGCAGCUGUGUGUGCAGUACAUCGAAGCCUCUGUCGACCUGCAGAAUGUGCUCAGUGUGUGUGAGAAUGCUAAUAAGCUUCAGCUGGACCAGCUCAAGGAGCAUUGCCUUAAUUUCGUGGUGAAGGAAACCCACUUUAACCAGGUGAUCAUGACCAAGGAAUUUGAGCACCUUUCCACUCCUCUCAUCGUGGAGAUAGUCAGAAGAAAACAGCAGCCGCCUCCCAGAGUCUAUUCUGACCAGCCAGUGGAUAUAGGCACCUCUCUAGUGCAAGACAUGAAGGCUUAUCUGGAAGGUGCAGGGCGGGAAUUCUGUGAUAUUAUCCUGUUGCUGGAUGGACAUCCUCGGCCAGCUCAUAAAGCCAUACUGGCUGCUCGUUCCAGCUAUUUUGAGGCAAUGUUUCGCUCAUUCAUGCCUGAGGACGGGCAGGUGAACAUCUCUAUAGGAGAAAUGGUGCCAAGCAAACAGGCCUUUGAGUCCAUGCUGCGCUAUAUUUAUUAUGGAGAUGUCAAUAUGCCUCCAGAGGACUCCCUGUACCUGUUUGCAGCACCAUAUUAUUAUGGCUUCUCAAACAACAGACUGCAGGCCUAUUGCAAGCAGAACCUGGAGAUGAACGUCACUGUGGAGAACGUCUUGCAGAUAAUGGAGGCAGCUGAUAAGACUCAGGCUCUAGACAUGAAGAAGCACUGCCUCCAUAUUAUAGUGCACCAGUUUAUAAAGGUGUCCAAGCUCCCCAACCUGCGAUCACUCAGCCAGCCGCUGCUGUUGGACAUCAUAGAGUCUCUGGCAUCACACAUAUCAGAUAAACAGUGUGCCGAGAUGAGCUCUGACAUAUAGAUCUUCUUUUUAUUAUUCUCUUCUCCUCAUGCCUCUUGUCAUCUGUUUUCACCUCUUCUCCACUCUUUCUAUAAACUUCUCAGCUUUUCUUAGCUCUUCUCUUCUCAGCUCUCCUCUUUUUUCAUCACUCUUUAAUUCCUCUUGGUUUCCUCUGCAUUUCCCAGCUUAUCUCCCUUUUAACUCUGUUUCUAUCUUAAAGCUCAAAUCUUAUUUAUUUUUUCUCGACUCAGCUCUUCACUUUUUACCUUCUAAAAUGUUCUGAGUUUCUUAUCUUUUUUCUUAACUCUUCCUAGUUCUUCUCACCUCUUCUUCUCUCCCUGACUCUUCCCAGCUUUUACUCUUUUCUUUCCCGCUUUUAAUUUUACUUCUCGUCUCUUCUUACCUCUUUGUUUCUCACCUCUCUCCCAGCUCUACUUUUCUUUUCAUCUUGUUCUUUUCUCACCCUUUUGCACCUCUGCUCUCUUCUCUUCUCGUCUCUUCUCUUAUCUUCUCUUCUGCUCUUGCUCUGCCACUUCUCUUAUCUUCUCUUCUGCCUCUGCCUCUUCUCUUCUCACCUGAUUAUUUGUUCAGCAAUGUCAUGUAUUGUAUCAUUUAUUUCUCCCUUUCUGUGCCUGUUUCCUGUACAGCCUGCUUCUCAUUCCUGUAGAUCUUAAACAGUCAGGAUGUUGAAAUAAUGUAGGCUUUGUCUGGACUCUGUAAUGAUGUACAGAUGGAAUUUCGGAGCAGUAAUGCUCUUAACGACUGGCAUGUCCGUGCUGAUAAGUGAAGAAUGUACAUUAGCUGAGCGCACCCCACUGCAACCAAAUCCAUCUGCUAUUUCUGACAUGUAACAACUUACAACUCUACAUUCUGUAUCUUAAUACACAGUAAAAAUAACCUUUGUGAUUAUGAGGACAGGGUUUUUUUGUGACGAAAUUCAAAACAACUGUCAAUGACUGCAUAACUAAUUGAUUAUGUUAAAAGUAUUGUAUGUACUGUAUGUUAGUAUUUUCCAAUCUAUUUUUUAUUUUAUAUACUGUACCAUGUACAUAUGAAAUGCUCAGAUAUAUUUAUUCCUGAAACCUUUAUUGUUUGACCUCUAUGCAGUUAAAAUGACUGUAACCCAAAUGAAGUAUGUACAUCCUCACCGUUCUGUGCUACUGUAUGAUUUAUGUAUUGUGGCUGAUUACGAAUGUGAGGACUGUAUCUACUGUUUGUUAAUAAACCAUAUAAACAGCUUGA